CAAAGCCCGGGAAGCUGCUGCGGAGGCAAUGGCCGCGCCGAGCCCGGGGCCCCGCGAGGUCCUGGCCCCAUCCCCAGAGGCUGGACACAGAGUAGCUACUUCAAGUUCUGGACAUUGUGGCCUUCUCCGGUGUCUACGAGACAAGCAGCCGUGCCCAGGCCUGUUUGAGAUUGGCCCAGGGCAUGAGCUGCACCAGCUGACAUGUAUGAUGCAGACAGGACUGUGGGCUGCCACUCAGGUCUCUAUAGACCACCCGCUCAUGGGACCGCCCACUGAGGAGGAUUUCUCUGAGGUCAUGACCCAAGUUCAGGAGGGCUUUGAGCUGGGCACCCUGGCUGGCCCAGCCUUCGUCUGGCUGCGUCACUCCCUAGGCCUGGCUGAGAAGGACUAUCAGGCCUCAUUGGGGCCCGGCGUCCCCUACCUGCAGUUCCACAGCACCUCCAAGAGCAAGGCCAGCUUCUUCCUGUCCCAGGACCAGCGCUUCUUCCUGAAGACCCAGAGGCGUAGGGAGGUACAGGCCUUGCUCACCCACCUGCCCCGCUACAUGCAGCACCUGCAGCGUCACCCGCACUCGCUGCUUGCGCGGUUGCUGGGAGUGCACAGUCUGCGGGUGGCUCGGGGCAAAAAGAAAUACUUCAUCAUCAUGCAGAGCGUCUUCUAUCCCGCCGGCCGCAUCUCUGAGAGGUAUGACAUCAAAGGCUGUGAGGUGAGCCGAUGGGUGGAUCCGGCCCCUGAGGGCAGCCCCCUCAUCCUGGUGCUGAAGGACCUCAACUUUCAGGGCAAGACCAUCUACCUAGGGCCCCAGAGAAGCUGGCUCCUCCGCCAGAUGGAACUGGACACCGCCUUCCUCCGGGAGCUCAAUGUGCUGGAUUACAGCCUCCUGGUGGCCUUCCAGUGUCUCCACAAGGAUGAGAGGAGCCCGGGCAGCAGCCUUGUCUUCCGCACAGCCGGGUCUGUGCAAGGGGUACAGAGCCAGGAUGAGCUGGGAGCUCAGAACCGCCGGCUGCUGCCGGCAGCCCCCAACGCCCUCCACAUCCUGGACGGGCCUGAGCAACGCUACUUCCUGGGCCUCGUGGACCUUGCCACUGUCUACGGGCUCCGCAAGCGGCUGGAGCACCUGUGGAAGACGCUGCUUUACCCGGGCCGGACCUUCUCCACCGUCAGCCCAGCUCGCUACGCCCGUCGCCUCUAUCAGUGGGUGGAGGCGCACACUGAGUGACUGGCGCCGGCCCGCGUUGUACCCAUCUGGACAAUGGACGUGCAGAAAGCGGGUCUGGCCUGGGCCGGGCCGCGGGUCGGGCUCACAUUGCCUGCUGUUCUCGCCGCUAGCCUCUAGAGGGCAGCAUUCCCUAGCUAAUACUAUGACGACACAGCCUCAUUUGAUGGUGAUGCUGUACCGGGCAUCGUGCCAGGGACUCCCCACAUUAGCUCAUUUAAUGCUCAAAAAAUGCUAUUAUUCUCUUUUUACAGACCAUGAAAUGGAGGCUGAGGGGGUAAAGGGACUGAGCAAGAUCUUUCAGCAAUAAAUGCUGAAACCAAGGCUCUACUGUGCCUUUUGGACUCAGGACCCUGUAUUCUUCUUACUCACCAGCUCCCACAGCCGUGUCCUCAUGCUCUCGGGAAGAGGGGAAGCUGAGGGCUCCAGCCCAGUACCCGUGUAGUUCAGAUGGGGAAACUGAGAGCCAAGGACUUUAAGGGGCUUAUGCACGAGUAGGUGGGAAGGCCAGCCCGAGAACCCAGGCCUUCCUAUCUCCUGCCCCUGGCUCUAGGAGGGCCCAUUGGCGUCCCUCUUGGGUGGCCCCCCUCACUCCUGCUUCUCUAGGGAUGUAGGUGGCAUACUGGGGGGCCUGCAGCUCUGGGAUGCCCUAUGUUGUAGCCCACUAUUGAUCUUGAAUAAGCUCUGCCCUCCUCUUAGAAUUACUUUUCUCAUCUGAGAAAUGGGGGCAGGAGUUAGUGGUCAGACCAAUGGCCCUGGCCAAAUAGACAUCGCCAGGAGCAGAGAAGCAAAGUACCUGCUUAACUCCUGAUCAUUCUUUCUCCCUCCUCCAGGAAACUCCAGCCUGGCCUCUGACAUCAGUCCAAUCCAACCAUGCCCAAGUGGGCCUUUCCUCUAGAGCUGACUGGGACCUGGCUGUGUAACCAGGGCAAGGUGCUAAACCUCUCUGUGCUUCAGUGGUCUAAUCUGAAUGAUGGAAAGGAUGCAAAUGUACCUCAUUAACU